AUGUUCGUAGCAUGUGCAGUGAAAAGCGGACAUAUCAUUGAUCCUCAUUGCCAUCACGGCAUUGACUAUGUUAUUGGUGUGGCUCUCGCUGUCAUUACUUUGUACAGGCCCGCCAGACUCUUCGCCCGCCGCUCGCUCAAGGCCUGCCCUCACCCGUCUUCCUAUCCUGAAAUACGCUCGCGCUCAAUCAUCUCAGGAUUGGCAAUUUAG